CUGGCUUUAUACCCUCCUGUGAAAUCCACCCGAGAGCUGGACCAAGAGGGAAGCAGCCCCUUUCCCACAGCAUGAGAACCUGCUCCAGCUGCAAAGCCAUGCCCAUCCUGCUCCUGCUGCUCCUGGCUGCCGGCGCCCGCUGCCAGCCCUCCUGCCUGCACUUCCCCCAGCUCCUGCCUGCAAAGCUCAGAGAGCUGAGAGUCAAGUUUGAGGAAAUCAAGGAUUAUUUUCAAUCAAAAGAUGACGACCUCAGCAUCCAGCUGCUCAGCUCCGACCUGCUGGAUGAAUUCAAGGGGACCUUGGGCUGCCAGUCGGUGUCGGAGAUGAUGGGGUUCUACAUGGAGGAGGUGCUGCCCAGCGCCAUGAGGACCAGCACGCACCACGAGCAGAGCGUGGGCGACCUGGGCAACCUGCUGCUGAGCCUGAGGACGAUGAUGAGGCGCUGUCACAGAUUCUUCACGUGCGAGGAGAGGAGCAAAAGCAUGAAGCACAUAAAGGACACGUUCAGCAAGAUGAACCAGAACGGGAUCUACAAGGCCAUGGGAGAGUUUGACAUUUUCAUCAACUACAUCGAAAAAUACUUGACAAUGAAGAGAAGGAACUGAGGACACCCCUUUUCCACACCAAAUCCUGCUAUUUGUUCAGAAAUCAGGCCACAAGAGCUUAAAUUAUCUCAGGGUUCAGUUAUGGGUCAAUAACUUCCAGUUCACUAUUGUAUUUAAAAGUUAUUUUUUUUAGAAUUUAAUAUUU